UUAGGAGAUGGAGGCAAGAAUCAGUGUAGCUAUAGAAGCAGUAGCAGCUGACCUCAGGUAUAUCUAUGUACUGACCAACACUGGAGAUAUCAUGAUAUUUGAUCUAUGGGAGAGCCGUAGUGUUGGAGAUCAUGCUGUCCCUGAACCUGAGGAAGCUGUUAAAGCUGCUGCUGAAUCUGUUAGAGCUGCUUAUGCUGCAGGAGCUGACGCAGCAGGGCCUUCUGCAGAGGAAGCUGCAAGAAGAGUUGCUGAAGCAGAGCCUUCUGGAGACCAAGCUGCUGAAGGAGCUGCAGAAUCAGGACCUUCAAAAUAAGGAGCUUCCUCGUCUCUAGCAGCUCUUUCUUGAGGCCUUGCUUUAAGUGCAACGGAAGAUUAAACUUCAUUUUUCCGGGUUGUAUAAUUUUAUUUUGCUACUUUAACAGUGCUAGUGUUACAUUGAAACUCAGUCAACAGAAAUCUCUAAAGAAUUUAGUCUAAUUUUCAUUUUAUAUAAUUUUUAAACUUAAAAUUUAUGUUCUUUUUACACAUUUAGUCUUGCCUUUUUUCUUUAAGAUGUUCCAGUAAUGUUUUAUUCAUCCUGCUUUGGCUUCAUACCCUUCCAGACUUCACUCUUCCCUUCCAGACUUCCUUCUUCCCGUCCAGACUUCAUUCUUCCGUUCCAUACUUACUUCUUUUCUUCCAGACUUCAUUCUUCUAUUCCAGACUUCCUUCUUCCCUUCCAGACUGCUUUCUUCCCUUUCAGACUUUCUUCUUCCCGUCCAGACUUCAUUCUUCCUGUCCAGACUUCAUUCUUCUAUUCCAGACUUCCUUCUUCCCUUCCAGACUUCCUUCUUCCCGUCCAGACUUCAUUCUUCCCGUCCAGACUUCAUUCUUCCCUUCCAGACUUCCUUCUUCCCGUCCAGGCUUCCUUCUUCCCGUCCAGACUUCAUUCUUCCCUUCCAGACUUCCUUCUUCCCUUCCAAACUUCCUUCUUCCCGUUCAGACUUCAUUAUUCCUUUCCAGACUUCCUUCUUCCCGUCCAUACUUCAUUCUUCCUUUCCAGACUUCAUUCUCCCCUUCCAGACUUCAUUCUCCCUUUCCAGACUUCCUUCUUCCCUUUCAGACUUCAUUCUUCCGUUCCAGACUUCAUUCUUCCCUUCCAUACUUCCUUCUUCUCUUCCAGACUUCAUUCUUACCUUCCAUACUUCUUUUUUCCCUUCCAGACUUCAUUCUUCUCUUCCAGACUUCCUUCUUCCUUUCUAGACUUCUUUCUUCCCUUCCAGACUUCCUUCUUCCCUUUCAGACUUCUUUUUUCUCUUCCAGAUUUCCUUCAUAUAUUCUAUUCCAUACUUCCUUCUUCCCUUGCAGACUUCCUUCUUUCCUUCCAGGCUUCUUUCUUCCCUUCCAGACUUUUUCCCUUCGCAGAUAUUUUCAUUCUCCUUCACAUCUCCCUCCUUCCCUUCACAGCUUCCUCCAUCCCUUCAAAGCUUACCUUCAGCGCUUCCAUGAAGCUGAAUUCCACAUUUUAUUGUUUUUUAAUAUUUUGUUGAAAUUUUUUUCUAUUAUUUACAUUUACAACUGUGUCAUCCUUAAACAUUUUAUAUAAUUAUUCAAAUAUGUAUCUGAAUCAUGAUUGUUUUCACCAAGAAAAGCCCUUUGUUCAGUAUUUUUCAAUAUUAAAGGGAAUUGAUGCAAUUUUUGUGUCCAGCUUGAAAUUCAACCUGAAAUUAGUUAUUUUUGUCAUAAAACUGAAUCUAGUUAAGUUCAUGUAUUCAUUUUUCCUUAUUCAAAAAUUGUAUAAUAUAUCCAGCUUUAUAUUUUUAUCGGAGUCCUAGCUUUUGUCAUCAUGACUUAACUUAAGUUUUAGAUUACAAGCUGAAAUUUAAAAUUAGUCUCCGUCGUAAAAACCCAGUUCUUGUAAUCAAUCAAAUUAUAUUUUACUAAAAGAAAUUUAUAAAUCCAUGUAUCAUCUUGUAAUAAAGUAUUAUUAUAUCAAUAAACCAUAAAAAGCUUCCCCAAAA